GCUCCCCAAUCGGGGCCCUGGGGAGGCUGGGAGCCCUGAACCACUAUCCCAGCAUCUUUUGGGGUGGCCCCAGAGCACCAGAGAUUCAGAAGGUUGCCUGGCUUGUUGGAUGGGGAUUUGGGCAGCCUGAGAGAUGGCCUCGCCCCCCUGCCCUGGGCCCCCCCUGGGCAGCUUGGAGCUCUUGGAUCUCCUCUUCGACCAGCAGGAUGGCAUCCUGAGGCACGUGGAGCUGGGCAAGGAGUGGGACCCCGGCGAGGGCCAGGCCCUCCCCGGCCCAGGGUCCGAGGACUUGCUCAGCUCCUUGCUGGUGCCCGGCUCCCCGGCCUCGUCCCCUGCGGGCAGCGACAGCGGUGUUUCAGAGGACCUGCACUCUGACCCCCAGGACACACCCGGCCUUGCCCUCAGUCCCGGGGCUCCCUGCCCCUUGGGGUCCCUGGGGCCCAUGGCCCAGAUGCCGGAGACCUCCGUGGCUAUCGACCUGGGACUGUGGACCUCGGGGCUGUACCCGGAGCAGCGGCCGGACCUGCUGGACUCACCCCCGCGCCCCGUCCUCACAGUCAAGGACCUUCUUCUGUCUGGCAGCGGCGGGGAGCCGCAGCCUCAGUAUCACCCCGCAGCCCCCCACCUGCUACGACCCUCCGCCGGGCACAGCCAGGAGCUGGUGCUGACAGAGGACGAGAAGAAACUGUUGGCCAAGGAAGGCGUCACACUGCCCAGUCAGCUACCGCUCACCAAGUUUGAGGAGCGGGUCCUAAAAAAGAUCCGCCGGAAAAUCCGGAACAAGCAGUCGGCACAAGAGAGCCGGAAGAAGAAGAAGGAAUAUAUCGAUGGAUUGGAGAUUCGCAUGUCAGCCUGUACGGCCCAGAACCAGGAGCUGCAGAGGAAGGUCCUUCAGCUGGAGAAGCAGAACCUAUCCCUCCUGGAGCAGCUGAAGAGGCUAAAGGCCCUGGUGGUUCAGUCCUCCGGCAAGUCAGCCCAGACGGGCACCUGCAUAGCUGUCCUGCUUCUCUCCUUUGCCCUCAUCGUCCUCCCGUCCAUCGGCCCGUUCACCCCCAGCAAAGCUGAGAACCCUGGAGACUUCACUCCUGUACGAGUUUUUUCCAGAACUUUGCACAACGAUGCUGCCUCCAGGGUGGCCCCUGGAGUCACAUCCGGCUCGGAGGUCCCAGGACGCCGGCCCGAGGGGGUUACACCCCAAGAUGAGUCUCCAGGCAGCCACGGAGCACCCUGGGGACCCCAGCACCCCUCUGGGCUAGAUGGCUCCUCCGAGGAACUGGACAACUCGACGUUGGUGGUGGGGGGCGGCUCCCUGGAGGAGCUGGGCACCCCUGCCCUGCUGGGCUGGGCUUCCCCAGAACCCGCACUGGACUCAGGCCUGGGGGCACUGGAGGCAGGGGUGGCAGGGGAGCUGUGAGUCCCCCACCCCGAGGCUGAAGACUCCCCCCAUUCCUAGGACCUAGCCCCCAGGACAUGACCCCCACCCCCACUCCAGGCCCCUUUGCCUAGGGGGAAAUCCUUUUUCCAAAUCCGGGGGGUGCACAGGCCUUCAGCACCCCCAGGGGCUCCCCCUGCCUGCUACUUCGUCCUCAGGGAGGGCUGUGGGGACCCUAGCCCUGAGGGGAACAGAGGAUCCACUUAGUCUUCCCCUUUUCUAAAACUGCUUUGAGGCUUAAUAUUUUGGCAGAAUGCGCUGAGGCAGAGGCGUGGCAGGGGGAGGCCUGAAGAGGGGCCUGGGGUCCCCCUCUCCUAGACACAGAGGCUGGGCCAACCAGGGUUGGGGGAUGGCGGGGGGAGGGUGUCCCCCCAGGCUGCAUGGGCGGUUCUGCAGGCGGCUGGUGUAGCUUCAGCACCAUGGACAGCGGCACCGAAGGCAGGCGGGGCCAUCUGGAGCCCAGGUCCUGCACACUGGGGGGGUGCAGGGGGGGCAGCUGACAAGCCGGGAGGCUGAGUCUCCAGGUUCAAUCCCCAGAACCACCACCAGCCAGAGCUGAGCAGGGCCCUGGGCUCUCUCUCUCAUUAAAAUAAUAAAAAUAAUUAUAUAUGUGCCCCAGGAGGCAGGCCGGUGGAUUCAAGCUUGA